AUGGCAAAACAACAAACUUUGGCAAGAUUUUUCACCUCAAUGAAAAAAAAUACGUCAAAAUCAGUGAAGGAAACUGAUGACCAGAAGAAAUCCGAUACCCCAAAAUCACCAGAGAAAAAGAAAAUCAUCAAAGAUGAAGAAGAUCAACAGAAGCAACAAAAAUCUGUGGUUGGUAAGAGAUCAAGAUCAAGCUCCCCGUCAAGAUCCUCGUCGCCAAAGAAGCUUAAACCAUCUGUCCAAAUAAGUGAUGAGGACCUUAAAAAGGAACUUGCUGCUGAUAAAAUCGAUACCAAAGUAGCGGGAUUGGAGAAAUCAAAACCAAUUCUUUACAGUCUCCUUUGUAAAACUUUUGAUAAGAUCGAACAAGAAUCUUCUCGUUUGAAAAUCAUUGAAAUUGUUUCAGAAUUUUUCUUUGAAGUAUUACAAAACAGCCCUGAAUCGCUUGUUACCAUUAUUUAUCUAUCGAUCAAUAAACUUGGUCCCGACUAUGAUAAUCUAGAACUUGGUUUAGGAGAAACAUUGUUGAUCAAGUCGAUUUGUGAAAGUACUGGUCGGUCAACCGCUACAAUUAAGGCUAAUUAUAAAGAAACUGGGGAUUUGGGGCUGAUUGCCCAAACUUCUCGAUCCAGACAAUCGUUAAUGUUCAAACCAAAACCAUUGACAAUUGAAACCGUUUUCAAGAACUUGAAAGAAAUUGCCGAGAGUACCGGGUCGGCAUCACAAAGCAAGAAAAUCGGAAUCAUUGUCAGAAUGUUGAGUUCUUGUAAUGGGGUAGAAGCAAAGUUCUUGAUCAGGUCGCUUGAAGGAAAACUUAGAAUUGGGUUGGCCGACAAAAGUAUAUUAUUAGCGUUAGCCAAAAGUUUAUUGAGCUUUGAGUAUCAGAAACAGGGAAAGAAUUACAACAAGAUCGAUCCAAGUUUGAUUAGUGAUGCGGAAUUGCAAAUCAAGGAUACUUUCAACCAAGUCUCAAAUUAUGAGGUGAUCAUUAAAGCUGCAAUGGAACACGGGGUUUUAAAUCUCAAAGAUAAUGUCAGCUUACAACCAGGAAUUCCUUUGAAACCAAUGUUGGCAAAGCCCACAAAAGCCAUUACCGAAAUCUUGGAUAAGUUCAGCAAUACCAACUUUACCUGUGAAUAUAAAUAUGAUGGGGAAAGAGCCCAGAUUCACUUGUUAUCUGACGGGAAAGUGAAGAUUUAUUCUAGAAACUCUGAAGAUAUGACAGAACGUUAUCCUGAUUUGAUCCAGGCACUUUCUAAUUUCAUCAAGCCUGGAAAACUGGUGAAAUCCUUGAUUCUUGAUAGUGAAGCGGUUGCUUGGGAUCGCGUCGACAAGAAAAUCCUUCCUUUCCAGGUAUUGACUACCAGAAAAAGAAAAGAUGUGAAAUUAGAGGAUAUCAAGGUGCAGAUUUGUGUGUUUGCUUUUGAUUUACUUUGUCUAAACGAUGAACCCUUGAUUCAUAAACCAUUCAAUGAAAGAAGAGCGAUAAUGAUGGAUCAUUUACAAAUCACUCCAGGACAGUUUCAAUUUGCCACGUACAAGAACUUGGAAAAUAUUGAAGAAAUUCAACAAUUCUUAGAUCAGAGUAUCAAAGACUCUUGCGAAGGGUUGAUGAUUAAAUUGAUGAGCAGUACCUAUGAGCCAUCACAACGGUCCAGCAAUUGGCUCAAGCUCAAGAAGGAUUAUCUUCAAGAUAUCGGUGAUUCUAUUGAUUUGGUAUGUCUAGGUGGGUACCAUGGUAAAGGUAAACGUACUGGUAAAUACGGUGGGUUUUUACUUGGGUGCUACAAUCCAGAUUCCGGGGAAUACGAAACCACUUGCAAAAUUGGUACUGGAUUCUCCGAUGAAGAUUUUGCUAGUUUAAGUGAGAAGUUAGUGGGUACCGUUAUCAGUCAACCAAAAACUUAUUAUCGUUACGAUAAAGAUAAUUCCAAAAGUUCUCCAGACGUGUGGUUUGAGCCAAAUCUUGUGUUUGAAAUCCGGACUGCCGAUUUGUCUUUGUCGCCAGUUUAUAAGACCGGGGCAGAUAAAUAUGGCAAGGGGAUUAGUCUUCGUUUUCCUCGGUUUAUUAGACUUCGUGAUGAUAAAGGACCAGAAGACUCUACUAGUCCUGAUCAGAUUAUAGAACUUUACGAAUCGCAGGUCAAUAUUUGA